UUAGUGACUCCUUAGAUAAGAAUUCCGUGUUCCCUCCUGCAGAACGGGGACUGGGCAGCAGAGAAGGUGAUCGAAGUGCCCAGCAAGAAGGUGCAAGGAUGGCUCCUCCCAGACAUGCCUGGUCUCAUCACCGACAUCCUGAUCUCCCUGGACGACAGGUUCCUGUAUUUCAGCAACUGGCUGCACGGGGACGUGCGGCAGUACGACAUCUCCGACCGCCGGCGGCCCCGGCUCGUGGGGCAGGUCUUCCUGGGGGGCAGCAUUGCCAGGGGGGGCCCUGUGACUGUGCUGGAGGACAAGGAGCUGCAGUGUCAGCCAGAGCCAUUUGUCAUCCAGGGCAAGAAGGUUCCAGGUGGGCCUCAGAUGCUGCAGCUGAGCUUGGAUGGGAAGAGGUUGUACGUGACCAGCUCCCUGUACAGCGCCUGGGACAAACAGUUCUACCCCGACCUGCUCCGGGAGGGCUCUGUCAUGCUGCAGAUCGACGUGGACACCGAGAGGGGGGGGCUGGCGGUGAAUCCAAACUUCCUGGUGGAUUUUGGGAAGGAGCCGGACGGGCCGGCGCUGGCCCACGAGAUGCGGUACCCGGGGGGGGACUGCACCUCGGACAUCUGGCUGUGACCAUCCUCCUGGGGCUGCUUUAUCCCCUUCCCAGAGCUUCCCAAACCUUCCCUUUAUCACCAGGAGAAUCAGGGCACCUAGAACUUGGGUCUAAAUUCAGGUUUCUCUUUCUGAACUCCCAUCUCAUUCCUGUGUCCGUGCACCGAUGCCAUAAAAAAUCAGCAAUAAAAUCACCCUUCAGCUCAGGGGGAGGGGCAUUUUUUCUUUUGGUCUUUC